UCCCCCCCCUAAAGGUUCCCCCCUGACACCCCGAGGUCGUUCCAGAUAAGCCCCCCUCUCUGAGUCUGGCGCCUGCACCGUUCGGACGCUCCCCCUCCAGAAGCCCUGCAGCAACCAGUACAACCAGUACAACCAGUACAGCACCAGCACCGACCAGCGUUCACUGCGGCUCUUGGACGAUCAGCGUUGUGUUUAUGUCUUUGUUUUGCGAAAACGAGCUGUUGCGCAGCCGUUGGAACCUGUGUGGUGGAAAUCUAGCCUUCAAGCAAGGAGCUUGCGGCCACAGCGGCACAGCGUUUUUCAUGUCAGAGACAGAGCGCGCUUGCAGUCGUUUAUGUCAUCCCCUCUUUUCCAGACAGAAGAUCCCGAAAAAUCCCCAACCAAGAUCCUUUUAUCUUACUGAUAGUGCUAACAGCCAGCCAAAAUGUCUGUCAACGUCAACCGCAGCGUGUUGGACCAGUUCUAUCGCUACAAGAUGCCCCGUCUGAUUGCCAAGGUUGAAGGCAAAGGGAAUGGAAUCAAGACGGUCAUUGUCAACAUGGUUGAUGUUGCAAAGGCGCUGAACAGGCCUCCAACAUACCCGACCAAGUUUUUUGGUUGUGAACUCGGUGCUCAGACCCAGUUUGAUGGCAAAAACGACCGUUACAUCGUCAAUGGAUCCCAUGAGGCGAACAAGUUGCAGGACAUGCUUGAUGGGUUCAUCAAAAAAUUUGUGCUGUGUCCCGAGUGUGACAACCCUGAAACUGAUCUGCAUGUCAAUCCCAAGAAACAAACCAUUGGUAAUUCCUGUAAGGCCUGUGGAUACCGCGGCAUGCUAGACACCAGACACAAACUCUGCACGUUCAUCCUCAAAAACCCACCAGAGGCCACUGAAGGUGGAUCCGCAUCUGUAAAGAAAGAAAAGGAGAAGAAGAACCGCAAGAAGGACAAGGAGAACGGCUCCGGCAGCGGAGAGGGUGGAAGCCAAGAAAACUUUGACGCUCCCGAUGCUGUGGACCGAGACGACGACGAUGAGGACUGGGCGGAGGAGACUACGGAGGAGGCGCAGAGGAGGAGGAUGGAGGAGAUCAGCGACCACGCCAAGAACCUCACGCUCAGCGAGGACCUGGAGAAACCCCUGGAGGAGAGGGUCAACCUGUUCUACAACUUUGUGAAACAUAAGAAGGAGAGCGGAACCAUCGACGGAGCCGAUAAGGAUAUCUUGGCGGAGGCAGAGCGUCUGGAUGUGAAGGCCAUGGGCCCCCUCAUCCUCAGCGAGCUGCUCUUCAACGAGAACAUCCGCGACCAGGUCAAGAAGUACAAACGCCACUUCCUGCGGUUCUGCCACAACAACAAGAAGGCCCAGAAGUAUCUGUUGGGAGGUUUCGAGUGUGUGGUGAAGCUGUAUCAGGUCCAGCUGCUGGCUCGCGUCCCCAUCAUCCUCAAAGACCUGUACGACGCAGACCUGCUGGAUGAAGACGUCAUAUUCGCCUGGGCAGAGAAGGUUUCUAAGAAGUACGUCUCUAAGGAACUCGCCAAAGAGAUCCACGCUAAGGCUGCUCCGUUUGUCAAAUGGCUGAAGGAGGCGGAGGAGGAGAGCGGGGGCAGCGAGGAGGAGGAGGUGGAGGAAGAUGAUGAGAACGUGGAGGUGGUGUACUCGCCCUCCGCCCGCGAGCUCAGAGUUGAGACUGUGAAACCGGACACGCCUGAAAAAGAAGAGGACGACAUCGAUAUCGAUGCGAUCUGAGAGACUGAUGAUGAUGAUGAUGAUGAUGAUGAUGACGACGAUGAUGAAGCUUUUCUUGUGUUGUGGCUUUGACUCUGGAUGCCCUGAACCACCUAACUGGCUGGCCUCUCCCUCCUUUACUCCCUCCCCCUCUCCCCUCCACCCUCCUCUGCUUUGUGGCAUGACUUAACAUAGUGCUUUACUUGCUGCACAUUAACUCUGUAGUUUUGAGAUGUAUUAAGUUGAUGAAACGAAGUCGCUUUGGGGAUUUUAAUCAUGGGUGUUUUGGGGGAUCAUUUUGACUGCACAUGUUUCUUCUUUUUUUUUGGUCCCUGUAUUUUUCCAGUCAAUAAAGAAUGAAUGUUUUGCUAUCCA